AUGGCGACGAUUACAGAAGGCGUUCUCAAAAGCGGAGAAAAGGUGUUUGUAAAUGACUACGUAUACGCGGCCGCAGCUUGGGAGAGGCGUGAUCCAGUCCCAUACUCCAUUGGCCGCAUAAUCGAGUUUAUCCCACCCGAGGACCCGGCAAAUGCACCCAUGGUCAGAAGCAAUGGUCGGCCAAAGGAAAUUGGUCUCCGAGUUCGUAUGGCGUGGUUCUAUCGUCCACAAGACGUGCAAGACAAGGGUGUUGGUGACCAUCGCCUGCUUCUCGCCGCUCUCUUCUCUGAGAUUGUACCCUUCUCCAAUGUUCGGGGCAAGUGCAUCGUUCGCCACAAAGACAAAAUCGCGGAUCUAGCAGCGUACAAGAAAAAGGAUGACCGAUUUUAUUUUCAUCAGCUAUUUGAUCCUUUCACCAAAGACCAAUAUGAAGUGAUACCCUCUACGGACAUUCAUAACCUCCCCAGCCAUAUCAAAGAGGUUCUAGUCUCACGUUACGAAUUUGUCGUAUGUGAACGCGAGGCAGUUCCAGACCUCCAGGACAAUCUUCGUCUCUGCGAAACAUGCGGAGACUGGUGCCCAGGCCCAGAAUCAGUGAUGUGUGAACUCUGCAAGAAGCACUAUCAUAUGGAAUGCGUCAAUCCCCCUCUCCUUGCCAAACCAAGUCGCGGUUAUGGAUGGUCUUGCGCAAGCUGCAACAACAAGCGAGACAGCAAUGAAGUUGAUGUGGGCACGAGUAAGAUCAGGCAAACUAGAGACUUGGCUCUCGCACUCGCAAAGGCUCGUGCAAAAUCGAAGCCCAGCCCAAAGUCGGAAGAGGAGCCUGAAAAGUUUUGGAAAGGCUGGAAUUUCCGCUAUUUCGGGCAAUAUACCGUUGCAGAGGAUACCUUGGAUCCGGACGAUAUGAUUUAUGUGCGAGCUCCCACGAGGAUAGGUCCAAAGUUUCAAGUCGUUCCACCACCCCUACCGGAGGGCCCAAACACCGACCCAGAGCUUCCUUCAAGAGGUGGAGACGACACUAUCGAGGUCAUGAGUCUGUUCUGUCGAAUGGAUGAAGCCUAUAGCACCGACGCGGAAAGAAGAAAGAGUAUACUCACUGCGAGAAGCGACCUACAAUGUGACAUCGACUGGCUUGAAGAGGUUGUUCGUCGGUUUACAGACGCAUGGCUGAAUAAGCAGUCUGUAUACUCAGUCAACAUGCGGAAGCCAAUGGUCAUCCGUGCGUUCAAGGAUGGCAAAGAGACACGUUACCGCGAUAGAGAAUGGAGCGAGGUCGAGGAGGCCAUCUUUGACGAGUCUGUCCGCAAGCACCACUCUGAACUCCGCCAUGUACGAGCCGAUAUCAAGACGAGGACAAUGCCAGAGGUGGUCCGCCAUUUCGGUCACUGGAAAGCUCGACAGCUCAAAUUGCAACGGCUCAUGCCUCCUCAAGAACCGACGCCUGCGGCAACGAGCGACGACAAUACUUCCAUCUACCAAAAGGGCGACCGCAGAGUGUUCACUUGUGCUGUUUGUCGCACCAAAGACUCCGAGACAUGGUGGAAGGCUCCACGUAAUCUUUCGACGAAUAGUAUGUGCGAUGAAUGCGGCACGCAAUGGCGCAAGUAUGCCAUCAAGUCCGUUCGAACAGAUAAGGAGCGCGAGGUUGCGCCUAAACCUCACUCUCAUGCAACUCCCGAGCCACCAACGACCCGAUCUGGCGCAGCGACGAACAAAGCAAUUGGGCUUGCAGCGGACAAAGCCAAACGAGAGUCCACUCCCCUCAAUGGUCCUUUGAACAAGAAGCUCCGGCUUGUGAGAAGACCGGGCCUCAAGGACAAGUCGUCAAAUGUAGCGUCUGCAGCUUCACUGUUCAUGCAGGCAAGUUGCGUUGGUGCACCUCUCGAGGAUGCAUUACCCAAUUGGAUGUGCGAUAUCUGCGCAAAUGAGCGAAACCCAGAAUCAAACUUGGACCCGAAAUGCGAGUUGUGUCCGCCGCAUCCAGCAGACCGCAAAAAAGGAGCUCGAGACUCUGCAUUCUUACGGGCUGCCAAGCCAACAGAGUUUCGUGGAUGGGUUCAUGUCUUGUGCUCGACAUUCACCAGCCAAUUGGAAUACGCCGACGCUCGGCGCAUGAGACUCGUCGAGGGGCUCAUUACCAUCCCUGAACGCAACUUUACACAGAAAUGUAGCUGCUGUGGAGGAGCGGAGGGCUGCGUCUCUCAAUGUGAUCAGUGUCUCACCACUUUUCAUCCGGUCUGUGCGUGGAAUCACGGAUAUAAGUUUGGCAUUGAAUUCACUCCGGUCAAGCCAAACCAGCGCAAAGAAUUCCCAACAGUCGAAUUCAGACAAGAGAUUGGCACGAUGAACGCCGUUAUCAUCUGCGAUAGCCAUGGAGGAAACAUGAACCCCAGUGGUAAGAAGAUAUACGACUUGUGCGACUUGGACGAGCGAGGAAGGACUGCACUUCAAGCCUUUACGGAGACGUACAAGCAAGCACAUAACAGUGAGAAGACGUAUGGUCUCCUUCGCAAAGCUCGUCGGUUGGAUGAUGUGGUUCCCGCUCCGCGAUUCGAUGCUGUGCCUACUUUGGAUCCUUCAUUGGUACUCUCCACAAAUAACCAAUGCGUUUUCUGCCACACGCUGUCAUCGCCAUUCUGGUGGCCCACAGACGCAGCACAUAUCGACCCUAUCCCAGAAGGACCAAAGGAAGGAAACGAGACACUCACCAAUGGUACGACGAGCCAUCCCGUAGAUGAACAUCCUCACGCCGAACAAGGAGAUGUGGCCAUGGACGAAGACGCGCCUGAACCGAAACCAGCCGAAGCGCCCAAGGUUCAAAAGAUAUGCCACGCUUGCUACUUCCAACAAUUGACCGCGAAAGCGCAACCCAUUGUCGUCGAUCUCAGUAGUCCCAUCAUCGUAUCCUAG